GGAUGAAAAACUUCAGUUUAGAGAGUCAGCAGUCAUCAGUGAGAAGAGAAGUUUCGAAGAACAAAGCAAAACAGUUAUUCUGUGGAGGGAGAGACUGAACAUCUCGAGCAUCGAACAUGUUUGUUCUCAUCUGGUCGGCUCUGUUUGUCUCUGUAAAAGGCAGCAUUGCUGACACAGGUGCUUCAGCCUGGGGACAACAACACUGUGAUAGAAGAUACUGUGUUACUCUGAGUGAGCGAGAACUAACAGCAGAGGCUGGACUCUGUGUUGUGAUCCCGUGUUCUUUCACUACUGCUGAUGAGUUUAAAACCAACCAUAUAGUUUGGUACAAAUGUGAAGCAUCUCAAACAAAAUGUGGUGAUGCUGACAUAAUAUUUCACAGCAACAAAAACACAGACAAAAAAGCUCAGUCUGGGUUUGAAGGACGAGUGUCACGUUUGGAGCCUGAUGUGAGUCAGAAAAACUGCAGCAUCAUCAUUAAUGAUCUGAAAGAGUCUGAUUCUGGAUCAUAUCAGCUCAGAGUUACUGGUGUACGGAAUGGAAAACAAGAUGGAUUCACAUUCAUUCCAAGAGUAACUGUCUCUGUUAAAGGUCUUAAUCAGAAGCCCACAGUAAUGAUUCCCACACUGACAGAGGGACAGCAGGCCACACUGACCUGCACUGCUCCUGGUCUCUGCUCUGGAUCUGUUCCUGAAAUCACCUGGACAUGGAGAGGAGCAGGAGGGACUGAAUCUUACAUUACAGGAAACAGCACAGAUUUCAAGACCGAGAAUCUGACUGCUUUCACACAGAGACACAUCUCAACUUUAACCUUUAAAUCUUCGGCUGAGCAACACAACACCACUGUUACCUGUAAAAUCCGCUUCACAUGUAAAACAACUACAGAAGAGGCUUCAUCUUUGAAAGUAAACUAUGUGAAGGAAGUUAAAAUCACUGGGGUGACAAGUAUGAGGGAGGGAAAUGUUCUGAAUCUGACCUGCAGUGUUGAAAGUUUCCCUCCAGCUCAUAUUGUGUGGAGAAAGGUUCCUUCCAACACAAACCUUCAGACCAGAAACACUGACCUGCACAAUGAUACUGGAUCUGCUACACUUGUCACCCUGAAUGUGACAGCAGAAAAUUCUGGGCAGUACAUCUGUAUGGCAAAACAUCUGGACAAAACACUGACUUCAUAUGUCAAUGUGACUGACAUGUAA